GCGGAUAUUUCCUCUGUUAUUUUCUUUUGCUCCAUCCAGACCGCUGACCACUGACUGCUCCUUGACUUUAAACCUGUUUCUAUUCAUUUGUGGGUGUUUUUAUUUUUUUUAUUUUUGUUUCUUCACUUUAAUUGUUUCUUCACCCGUUUGGAUUUUACGCACUUAUUAACUUACCUUGGAACCUCCGGCGCCUUCUGCCCUGGACGCUCCGUGCCGACACGCCAUGUCGCGUUUGUUACUGUCGUGUCUCCUACUGUUUGUAUCAGCGCAGACGGCACUCUCCAAUGGGGCCUUCGAGCUGAAGAUCGAAUCCUUCACCAGCUCCCGCGGCUUCUGUCGCUACCAGGACUGCCAGCUGUUUUUCCGCGUGUGCCUCAAGCACUCACAGGACGUCAUCAACCCAGAGCCGCCUUGCACAUACGGCACCGCGCUCACCGAGAUCCUCGGCGCCGACUCCAACUCCAUUUCCAAGAGCGAGCCCGUCAGGGUGCCCUUACAAUUCAAGUGGCCGGGGACUUUCUCUCUGAUCAUCGAAGCCUGGAACGCGGAGCCCUCAGGUCUGGAAUCUACAGAGAACCAGAACAACCUCAUCAGCCGGCUGGCGACCCGACGCAGGCUGACCGCUGGAGGGGAAUGGUCCCAAGACGUGCACUUUGGCAACCAGAGCGAGCUCCGCUACUCCUACCACGUGGUUUGCAACGAGCACUACUACGGCGAGGCCUGCUCCACCUACUGCAAACCCCGCAACGACAGCCUCGGCCACUACAGCUGCGACAACAAGGGGAGCCGCCACUGCCUGGAGGGCUGGAGUGGCGAGUACUGCACUAAAGCCAUCUGUCCCGCAGGGUGCAGUGAGAAAGGUUUCUGCAAGUCUCCCGGGAAGUGUGAGUGCCGGCGUGGCUGGCAGGGCGAGCGCUGCGACGAGUGCGCCCGACACCCUGGCUGCAUCCAUGGGACCUGCGAGCAGCCCUGGCAGUGCACCUGCAAGGAAGGGUGGGGCGGCCUGUAUUGUGACCAAGACCUGAACUACUGCACCAACCACAAGCCGUGCCAGAACGGUGCCUCAUGCACCAACACCGGCCAGGGCAGCUACACCUGCACCUGCCGGCCCGGGUUCACUGGCAAAAACUGUGAGCUCGAGACCAGCGAGUGCGACAGCAACCCCUGCAAGAACAGCGGCAGCUGCAAAGAUCUGGUGAAUGAUUAUUCGUGUGCAUGCCCUCAGGGCUUCUACGGGAAGAACUGUGAGAUCAGUGCCAUGACAUGCGCAGACGGCCCGUGUUUUAAUGGAGGGACCUGUGUGGGGAAUGUUGCUGGCGGCUACAGCUGCAGCUGCCCGCCUGGCUACACAGGCUCCAACUGCGAGAAGAGGAUCGACAGGUGCAGCAGCAACCCCUGUGCUAAUGGUGCUCAGUGUUUGGACCUCGGUCACCGUGUCAUGUGCCGCUGUCGGCCCGGCUUCACCGGAUCUCGCUGCGAGACCAACAUCGAUGACUGCGCCGGCAACCCCUGCCGCAACGCUGGCACCUGUAUCGACGGCAUCAACGACUUUACCUGCACGUGCACGCUCGGCUUCAUGAGUAAGGACUGUUCCGUGCGCGCCAGCCCCUGUGACCAGUUCCCAUGUGAUAACGGUGGCACAUGUUAUACCCAUUUCACCGGCCCAGUGUGCCAGUGCCCGCCAGGCUUCAUGGGUGCACGGUGCAAGUACCCUGUGAAGACCACCACACCAACCGCGAAACCGCCUGCGAAUGGCGAUUCCCCUCCUGCGCUUAUUGCCGCCGUCGCCCUCGGCCUGGUGACACUGACCCUGCUGGUGUGCGCCGCCAUCCACAUCCUGCGUCAGCUCUGCCGAAGCAGGGAGCUAACGGCCAUUUCCACAUCAGUGAAGAAUGACCUGGAGGCAGUGAACAACCGCAACGCAGUGAUUGGUGGGGGUGGAUCCAUUAACGGGAGCUUACCAGGAGCCCCGCAGGGCAGUCUGAGAGAGAAGGAGGCCUUCCUCAUCCCUGGAGGACAACUUAAAGUGUCCAAUAAGGACGCAGCACUGGUCGACAAGGGCAGCGACAACGUGGCCAUGUUUAAAAACAAAAUGGCGGACUGUAACCUGGCAAAAGAGGAGCAGCACCUGGGAAAGAGCAAGUUUGACCUUAAGAAGUGUGACUCGUCCAUCAUCGUCCCCCCUCUCACUUUUGCAAAGGACAGUCUGUAUCACCCAGUGUUCAUCAUUCAAGAACAGAUGGAGCAGUGUGUGUUCGCUACGGAGGUAUAACCCUUCAGUUUUCAGACCGACAGCGGAGGAACUUUUAUGCUGAAGGCCUGAAGCAUUUACUGUCGAGGAAAUCUCACCCAGAGGGUCUAUUGUACACACAUUAUUUUAUUUAAUAUUUAUUACCGCUGCUCAGUGGAAAGAAACAAAAGGAAAGGACUUUUCUUUUGUUUUUUAUUCUUUUCUGCGUUGAUACUGACUGUGUUUGGAUGACAAUGUUUUGGAAAAGAAAGAAAGAGCAUCGCAGGAGGAGGGAAAAGAGGAAAGACUGAAUGUCUGGCGUCAUUUGCACUAUUAUCUUUCUUUAUACAUUAAAUCUUAAUAUAAUUUUUCUGUCUGUAUAUCGGAAUUUUCUUUGGAUCAAACCUGAAUGAGAGAUGUGAUGAGUUGGACCUGUUAACCAAUCGGAAAGACCGGUGCCUUAGCUAUGCUUCCUAAUCAUUGUGGCAACCAUUUCCUGUACAAUUUCACAAUAAGGUGUCAAUCAAAUUGUCAAAGGACCUGCUUACAGGAAUGGAGGACAGAACAUUUUUGUUUAUGGUCAAAAAGACAGAACUUUCCCCCAAAUCAUUUCUGUUUGAAAGCUGAACUGAACAGAUUCUGAGUGACUUUCCACCAUCACUCCGUCCAUUUUUAUUUUAAUGUUUUCUAUGGCAGUGAAGCAUCACAUUGUGGCCUAUUAGAAGAAUAAUGACAUCAGCCUUACAAUCACCGUCAAAGUUACAAACUCUGAAGUGCCUCUUAUUUUUUUAAAUAAUAAAACAUUACUGAAACCCAACAUUCACAAUAAGCAGAAUGUUCCCUCUGGAGCCAAGUCAGGGUCUGUCAUUUUCAAACCUGGUUUGAAAAUGAAAACCCAAUCAAAUCCGCUGGAACCAGCCCUUUCUACUGGUUUUAAUCCAUCAUAUGAAUUUCUCCAGUCCUAGACCCAAUCCUAAUCCCCAUUCAUAUCCCAAACCCCAGUCCCAGAUCCUUAUCCCAGUCUGAAGGAGUUUUCUGGUGAAGCAGGGAGAGUUUUUACCUCUAUCAGCAAUCAGCUGUUUCCUCCAUUUUCACCUUGUGAACAGAUAAUCUAAAAGAAAGUCAAACCUGUCUGAGUCCAGCUGAGCUGAAUUCAUCUUGCAAAUCAGUUUCUACGUUUGUCUUUCUGUAACUGCCUAUGUUUUCCCUCUGUUUUACAAAUUUAUUUUUCUAUGAAACAAAAAGUGAAAAAAGGUGCUGCCUUUUCUCUUUAGCUGCCUUCAUCAACCACUGCUGUCACAGCAAGUAAACAGGAGAACCAUAAACACCUGCUGUUCUGCAGUGAAAGAGUUGAGUCUGAACACAGUCUCACCUCCGAGUGUUUUCCUUUUAUAUUUAAAGAAAAAAAACCUUUUACAACAGUGAAGGACUCCAAAGAGUGUUUUUAUUCCACCUUUUUUUUACCUAAUCCAUUUGAUACCAAAAAUGUGUGUUUUUUCUGUGUACUAUCUUUGUUAAUUUAAGAAAACAAUGCAAUGUGUAUAUAUCCGCCAGAAGAUAGUUGUCCUAUUUAAUUUUGCCCUUUGUAAAUAAUUUUGUAUUUAUGAAAGAGAAUUGUAUAUAUGUCUAUGUUAAUGUGCCUAAUGUCUCUGUCAGAAUCAAGAAAUAUAUUUUUUCAUAAAUAAA